AUGACAGUUGGCAGCUGCUUGUUCAGCGGGGAUACGCGGUGGUCGCUACCGACUCUGCUGGUCUUGGCAACCACUUUACCCUUGCACAAGUAUGGAAGCUACAUCGCGCAGGCCAACGAUGUGUACUAUUCUUUCAUUGCCGCCCGAAAGGCUUUCUGCAUCAUUUCAAAAGACUGGAUGAGCGUUGGACACUCGCAAGGCGGCGCAGCUGUAUGGAAGCUGUCAGAGAGUGGCCUUGUCGGCCAUGACAACCACUUCCUGGGCACAGUCUCACUUGCACCUGCUGCGCGACUUUGGUCCAUGUUUCAGCGGAAUCUCAAGACUGAGGGCGCCUUCUUAGGCUAUGCUCCUUAUCAUGCAAAGGCCUUGCAGCGCGUCUUCCCAGACUACAAUCUGACCCUGUGCUUCAAUGGUCUCAUGAGCAUCAGUGCCGAUUUGACAAGCGACGAGAUUGUUUCUUCAACAGGUCUGGCGCAGGACAAUGCCAAGUUUCAGCAGUGGAAAGCUGAGAUGGGCCCCGCCACAGCUGGACACCGCAGCUCUAAUAAGCCUGUGCUCGUUGUUCAAGGCUUGAAUGACACGGCCGUCCUUGCCCAGUCCACUCGCGAGGUGUAUGAAAAUGCUUGCAAAAUCGGUAGCGAAGUUCAUUUGGUAGAGUAUAUGGCCAUGGAACACUCACCGGUAAUUGCGGCUUCUGAGCCCGCAAUGGCUUGCCUGGGUUGA